AUGCAGCCCAGUUGGGGUAAGAGUUUAGAGUAUAGAGAAGCAAAGAUUGAAGAACCCACCAUCAACAAGUUCAUGCUCGCCUGGGACUUGUGCCGCCUUGGGCAUUUUUCUAGGGAAACGAUAAAUAUCACCAACAACAAGGCUUCCAUCUCUUUCCAAGUAAAAGGUAGCUUAAACUAA